CUCAGCCUCACCUGCUGCCCAGCACCUCAUAGGCAUUCAAUAAAUACUGAAUGGAAGGUUCCAGAAGGUCACCCUGUGACCGACAGUCGUCAUACAGGACAAAGCUGCAAGCUCAAGAUUGUUCAUUAUGGCAGUGUUCACAACAGCAGAUCGGAAACCAGCUAGAUGUCCAACGGUGGGGGAUGGUUAAAUAAAUUACAGCGCCUCCGUGUGCUGGAAUACCAGCGCUACAAACCACCGCGAGAUCCCCAUUUUGUGUUUCUCUGUCUCUGUCUGUCUGUCUCUCUCUAUGUGGAUUUUUAAAACCUUCUAGAAGGAAAUACACCAAAAUGUUGACAAUGGCCACCUCAGGGUGGAAGACAGGAGGUGGGAUUGUGGGUGAUUUUAUUAUUGGUGUUUGUCUGUAUUUUCCAGAAUUUCUACAGAGACCCUGUAUUUUACAUGACACAUAUUAAAAAAACAAUAAACACUAUUUUUAGAAUGACAGAAUACCAGCUGCCUGCCCCCCCUCCCAAAAGCAGCCCUCAGAAGGGGACAAGAAUGACCGUUCAUUGAGCACCUCCUCUGGGCUGUGCCCUAAGUGUGGAGUUUUCCUUACAUUGCCCUCUGGAUCCUCUGAUACGCCUCACUUUACAGGUGAGGGAAACUGAGGCUGGGGGGGUGCCUGUUGUUCAAGGUCCCACAUCUAGGGAGAAACAGAACUGGGAUUCUGCCAAAGGUUUGGCUCAUUCCAAAGCGCGUCUCUUUCUUUAUAACUCAAUGUAGAGCGAAAGUUGCCAGGGACACAAGCUCAUUAUACACGGGGAAACUGGGGCUCCAUAGGGGUAUGGGUCUUACCCAGGGUCUAGAGAAGGGUCAGUGGUGAGUUGGGGCUUUACUGGGUCCUCCCCUGUAGAGAGUCCUUUUGGUUCAUCAUCCAUUUACAACAUUCCAGAGAGACCCUCCCGGGGUCCCCUGUUGUCACCAGUUUGGGUCUGGAGUUGGGGGUUCUGAUUCACCCACCCCAGCUCUCAAGACUCCAGGCCACAUGCCUGGAGGAGAAGGGAGCCCACAGCCCCAGGGAGUUCCCAGGAUGAGUCCCACCUGUGUCCGAUGAGGUCACAAAGCCCCUCCACGGAUGGCUCCUCCCCCAGGCCAGGGCUGACCACUCCAGCAGGGCCAUGACCAAGCCCCGGGGAAGCUCCACCCUCAGGAAUUGUUGAGCUCCUGCCACCUGUGAAGCCCAAGGGGCCAAGGCCGGUGGGCUGGGGGGCCCCCGGGAGGCUGGGUCCCUGACUCCACAUCCCCCGGUGAUCCCCCAUUUCUGCAGCCGCCAUGAACCGGCUUUGGAACAUCAGGCGCAUGGAGCCAUUCCAGGGUCCUGCAAAGUGGGUGCCCACUCUGGGCGAGCUGCAGAAGACCCUCCAGAAGGGCGAGUACAUGCCCCUCCGCCCGCUGCCCAUGUUCGAGAGUAACUUUGUCCAGGUGACCAGUCGAGGGGCCCCCGCGUACGUGCACCACAGAGCCAACCUCCUGACCAUGGGUGUGGCCGCCUCCCUGCCAGGCCUGCUGUUGCCAGACCUCCUGCUGAUCGCUCAGCCCCCCGAGGGCAGAGAGUGCUCCAACCUCGUCCUCACCAGGAUGAUCCCGCUGGACCUGGUGCACAUCUACAUCCACGACCUGUCCGCCUGGCGCCUGAAGCUGCGCCUGGUCACAGGCCGCUACUACUACCUGGAGCUGAACGCCCCUGACAAGGAGGUGGGAUUCCUGUUUGACCGCUGGAUUCGCCUCAUCCACCUGCUCCGGGGGCCUGCCACCACCUGGGCCCCUAGGCCCCUGCACGUGCCCCCCACGGACCUGGCCCAUGCUGCACCUCCCGCCUCCACCUGGCGCCUCCAGGACGAGCCCUACAGCAAACGUUUAGUCACGAUUGUCGAGCCUGCCUUUCCUUACAAGACGCUGACGUCUCAGAGACAGAAGAAGGCCAAGGCCCUCAAGCGCAAAUUCAAGUCUCAGGCUGUGGGUGACUCCGUGCCUCUCAUCUGGUCACAGCUAGAGCAUGCUGACACUAGAAAGAAAUCCACAGAAAAAAGGUCCCAACCAGCUAUCUGUGGUGACAGAGCUCACACAGAAAUUCAAGUUUCUGAGAAGCCCAGCAUCACCAUCCGGACCAUCUUCAGCAUCAUUUCCGACUCCGUCAACCACACGCAGUCCUCUUCCAAGGGCUGCUCGCCUGCUUCUGAUGCGGCCAUGGUCCUGGGAGGUUUAGUUGAGACCCCUUCGCACUGUAUCUCAGCGGAUAGCCCUGAUAUUUCCCUGCUGGGUUCCUAUGACCACUUGGAUGUCCUGUGGAAGCAGGGCAUCGAUGCCCUGAUGGACCCUGAAUCCAGCACCUUGUCCUCUUCCUCCCUUUGCCCAGCCGUCUACCCUCCUGCCUUCUACCUCUCUGCUCCCUACUCUUCCUUCCCCAGGCACAAUGAAAAGGCCAGGCCUCCAGGCACCAUGCAGAGGCUGUGGCCUCCGUCCUCCCAGAAGACACCAUCGGUCCCUGCCACAUCUUGGAAGGCUCCGUUCAUCCUUGACCAGUCCCAGAAGGUUUCGGCAGUACAUGCUCCACUCCAAAAGAUCUCAACUCUACCUGGCCCACCCCGCAAGGCCCCAGCUUUACCUGCUGCUCCCCAGAAGGGCCCAGCUGCACCUGCUGCUCCCCAGAAGGGCCCAGCUGCACCUGCUGCUCCCCAGAAGGCUCCAGUUGUACCUGCUGCUCCCCAGAAGGCUCCAGUUGUACCUGCUGCUCCCCAGAAGGCCCCAGCUGCACCUGCUGCUCCCCAGAAGGCCCCACCUGCACCUGCUGCUCCCCAGAAGGCCCCAGCUGCACCUGCUGCUCCCCAGAAGGCCCCACCUGCACCUGCUGCUCCCCAGAAGGCUCCAGUUGUACCUGCUGCUCCCCAGAAGGCCCCAGCUGCACCUGCUGCUCCUCACAAGGCACCAGCUGUACCUGCUGCUCCCCAGAAGGCUCCAGCUGCACCUGCUGCUCCCCAGAAGGCACCAGCCAUACCCGCUCCAUCUUGGAAGGCCCCUCCUUUAUCAGCUAUUCCCCAGAAGGCCCCAGUCAUCCCUGCUCCAUCUCGGAAGGCCCCACCUGCACUUUCUGUUCCCCCGAAGGCUGUGCCCCACGCUGUCCCAAAUAGGAAAUCUCUGUUCCAACCUACUCCAUCGCAGAAGGCUCGGACCCCACCUACCCAAUACCAGAUGCCUUUGGACCCUGCCAAUUUGGGUAUGAUGCCCAUGGGAAGUGAUGGAAGGGAUGUGCUUGCGAAAGGCAAGCAUGAAGGGAAGCCGGAACCAGUGGUGUUGGUGGGCACCCAGGAGACAAACGUGGUAGAGUUGAAGACCCAGAAGAUAUCCAUGGAACUGCCCUUCACCACCACCAAGAAGAAGUCGGAGGAGGUCCUGAUCAGCAAAGCCCAGGAGAUCACCCUGGAUGGCUUGAAAGGCAAGGGCAAGUUGGAAGACAAGGUCCAUAGGAAGAAGGAGGAGAUAUUCCUGGACAUGCCAGGCCUCAAAUCUAAGGAGGUGGGGCAACAGAAGAAGUGGGUCAAGACCAAGGAGGUGGCCAUCGAGGGAGCCCCAGAGGAGCACAGCAGGCCUUUCCCAGUGGAGGGGCUCGCCCUUGCCAAGAUGAUGAUCAUGGCCAGCUCCAAGGAGGCUCCCUUGACACCGGCUGCUACUGUUGGUCUGCCCUCCUGGCUGCCGACCCCCCAGGUGUCUGCCAUGUCAACGAUGGACACAGCGGCCCUCAGCAACAGCCAGGUGUCUUUGCCAGAGGGGACACCGGUGGCAGUCAAGGAGCCACCCCAGUUGGGCCCCUGGGCAAAAAGGAGCACGCGUCUGUGGGUGGAGGAGAACACACGUCCUUGGGCAAAGGGGAGCACACCUCCAGGGGCAAAGAGGAGCGCGCCUCCAGGGACAAAGCAGAGCGCGAGGCCGUGGACGGAGGUGCAGGCAGAGGCGCAGGCACAGGACCUGCCUCAGGACCCAAGGGGGCCCUCCAAAGUGCCCCCACGCUCCAAGCAUGCCUCUUUCAGCCGGAAGUUGGACCCUGUCUCCCAGGCUCCCAUCCCUCUACCCUCAUCAAGGUGGGAGGACAUACCCCAGUCGCCCAUCUCACUGAGCCCCAUCUCAAAGAUGGAAGCCAGGGUGUCCCAACAGCCCAAGGGAGUAUCUCAAGAGCCCACAAGGAUGCCGUACCAGUGCCCAGUGGCCAAGACUGCGUUGUUCUCAGAGAUUCUGUUGCCCACGCUCUUGGAACUUGAGAAUAUGAGGGACACGGCCACUAAGGUGGAGAAGAUAAAGGAGGAACAGGAAGCCUUCAAUCCUUCGCCCAGCACGCAGUUUUCAGCGCCUUGAACAGCGGGAUGCGGGGGACUCAACCUCGGUCGCCAAAACGUCAGAGGAGCCCAGCGUGGCAGGCCAGGUGCUGUGCGCCUCCGCCGUAAGAAGCAGGACCUGAGAAAGCCGGGAGGGGGGGAUGCUCCCUCUCUGGUAGAGACUAGAGCUAGCUAUACAUUUAUAUAUUGGGGGGGCGGGGGGUCGCCCAGCUUCGCAGAGAUUAAAAGCCUGAGUCUGAGACUCGCCAAAAGUCGCGUCUGGGUACGUGUGUGCACCGAACCCCGAGGAGGGGCGUCGAGC